AUGGGGCCAGCGUUCGAGACCGAGGUCCGCGUUCCCUGGUCUCAGACUUGCUGGACCCGUGCCGCGGCCUACGUCCGACUGCAGACCGCCGCCGAGGUAGCCAGAGCGCUGGCCAUCAUCAAAGAGACGGGGACCAACUUCUCCCUGCGCACCACCGGCCACAACCCCAACGCCGGCUUCAGCAGCGCUGGCGACACGGCUGUCGUGCUCGACCUGCGGGGUCUGGCCUCGCGGGAGCUCGGCGCAGACGGCAUCGCCAGGGUCGGAGCCGGCAACACCUUCGGGGAGGUGUACGCCUGGCUUGCCGAGCACGGUCGCUCGGCCAUCGGCGGGCGGGAUCAGCAGGUUGGCGUUGCUGGGUUUCUGCUGGGCGGCGGCAUGGGGGCGUUCCCGAACCUGUACGGCUUUGGCGCGGACGGCAUCGUGAAUGCAGAGGUGGUCCUAGCAGAUGGCCGCAUCGUAAACGCCAACGCACAGGAGAAUCCGGAUCUCUAUCGUGCCCUCAAGGGCGGCGGUUCAAACUUCGGUACGUCUGGGACAGUCGAUCUCAGCAUAGGCAUCGUCACGCGGUUCGAUCUCCACACGUACCCGUUGAUCAAGACGCAGUACACCAUCAACCUGUACAGUCCGCAGGACUACGUGGGAAUCAUCGAUGCCACCGUCAAAGUGCAGGAGGCGAUGGAGAAGGACCCCAAGAUCGGCUCCUUCACCAACUUCAACGCCCAGUUCGUUGCUGUUGGGCUGCUGUACGCAGACACUCCGUCCGAGCGCCCCAGCGCGUUUGAGCCCUUCUGGGACCUGAAGAGCCUGAUAACCACGGCGUGCCCGACGACCGAGGGCACCCUGCUCUCGCUGGCUCAAACCAUGAGACAUGAGGAGACUGAUGGAAAGCGCCGCAUCUGCUCGAUCACCACGCGGGUCUCGCGCGAGCUCUACGAGGGCAUCUACCAGCUCUACCAGGAAGCCCUGAAGGCCCUGCCCGAGGGCUACGUGCUCCACUUCACGGCGCAGCCGGUGGGCACGGCCGCCGUGCAAGCCGGCGAAGACCACGGCGGCAACUCGCUGGGCCUGGAAAAGAUUCCGCAAUGCUGGUGGGUCUUCACCUGCGAGUGGCCCAACGAGCGCGCCGACGCGCCGGCCGAGAGCGCGCUCAGCUUCCUCGAGGAGAAAGUCGAGGCCCUCGCGCGCGAGAGGGGGCUCUUGCUGGCCUACAAGUGCGCCAACUUCGCCACGGGCCACCAGAAGGUCCUGCGCAGCUACGGGGCCGAGAGCCUGGGGCGCCUGCGGGAGACGGCCGCCAGGUACGAUCCCGAGGGGGUGUUCCAGAGGCUGCAGUGCGGCGGGUUCCUGCUGCGCGACAACGUGUGA